AUGGCACUCAACCCCAUCCCCCUCAACCAGUGUGUCUGGGAGGACUAUUUGUCUGCCCAAGAGGCUAGUCUGCCUCCGCUUGAUGAAGUUGAAGAUGUCACCGACCGUGUCAUUCGUAUUAUGGGCGGCAACCCUGGAGAAAUGCAGCUCCAGGGCACGAAUACCUAUCUCAUCGGGACGGGCAAGUCUCGGAUCUUGGUUGAUACUGGUCAGGGAAUCCCCAUCUGGGCAGACAACAUCAUCCAACUCCUCACAGACCGCAACCUCGAAAUAUCUCACAUCCUUCUCACUCACUGGCAUGGCGACCAUACGGGUGGCGUCCCCGAUCUCAUUGCCUAUGACUCUCGUCUUGCGUCACGAGUAUACAAGCACCAGCCCAGCCCAGGGCAACUACCCAUCGAAGACGGACAGAUCUUCCAGACACAAGGCGCCACCCUUCGAGCUCUUUUCACCCCCGGUCACGCAGUAGACCACAUGUGCUUUAUCCUCGAAGAGGAAAAUGCUCUCUUCACGGGAGACAACGUUCUCGGACACGGAUACAGCGUCGCAGAGGAUCUGGGGGAAUAUAUGAAAAGUCUCGAGAGGAUGCAUGAUCGAAACUGUCAAGUUGGGUACCCGGCGCACGGAAUUAAAAUUCUCGACCUACCCCGGACUAUUCAGCUCUAUAUCCGACACAAGAAGUUGCGAGAGCGACAGAUUUAUCAAGCCCUGACAAAAGCUGUUCGAACUACGCAGAAUGCCAAGGGGAGUUUGACCUCGCGGGAGUUGGUGCAUGCUCUGCAUGGGGAGAUUCCCGAGGAGCUGUUCAAGAAUGCCUUUGAGCCCUUUAUGACAGAGUCUUUGUGGAAAUUGGCUGAAGAGCGCAAGGUGGGGUUCGAGGUGGUGAGAGGGCGACGACAAUGGUUUUUGAAUAAGAGGGGCUGGGCGGUUGAUCCUGUGGCGUGA